GCGGGUCUUCCUUUCUUCAUCUGCUUCCUUUCACCUACCGGCUGCUUUGCAGAACGUGUGUUACUCCUUGUUUGCAAAGAUGUCAAGUCGGGCUGAGAUGGAGUUAGCUGUCAAGGUGCAGGGUGAAAAAGUCCGAUCUCUGAAAGAACAGAAAGCGGAUGCAGCGCAGUGUUAAAUACUGCUGAAACUUCCCGCAUGGCUGUUUGGAUUGUGGAAAAUCCCACCUUCUACCUGGACCAUCUUCAUUUUCAUAUACUGGAACAUAAACUCAAUCUUUGUAUUUUCCGUGGAUGACAUUUCCUUCUGAUUUUACUCGACCCUUUCUGUGGAUCAUAAAGUGCUUAUUGCCUUAAUGGAUCUGUCUCAAUAAAUUAUUAAAAAACUUGUAUGAACAUUGAAUCGUGUAAAGUGGAAAACUGAUUGCGUAAUUUAGGAUGAUUGCUCUGAAGUACAGCGCUGGUUUUGUUGCCCGGCACAUGGGACUGUCUUACUCUGCUUUUAAGAUGCUUGCUUUGAAAUACUACACUGGUACUGCUGCCCGAUGGAUGGGAAUCGGUUACUCUGCAUUGCAUUCAUUGUCCAGCCAUUCUGACAAUCAGAUUGAAGAUGAAGUGGCAAAACUGCUGCAGUUGAAAGCCCAGCUUGGGACUGAUGAUGGGAAAUCAAAAUUUAUCCUAAAGACCCCAAAGGGUACCAGGGAUUACAACCCAAAACAAACGGCCAUUCGAGAGAAAGUUUUCAACAUUAUUAUUAAUUGCUUCAAACGUCAUGGGGCUGAGACUAUUGACACACCUGUCUUUGAGCUGAAGGAGACACUGACAGGGAAGUAUGGAGAAGAUUCUAAGCUCAUUUAUGACCUAAAGGACCAAGGAGGAGAGCUGCUGUCUCUACGAUAUGAUCUUACUGUACCCUUUGCACGCUAUUUGGCAAUGAACAAAAUCAAAGCUAUUAAACGAUACCACAUUGCCAAAGUAUAUAGACGUGAUAAUCCCGCUAUGACAAAAGGUCGCUACAGGGAGUUCUAUCAGUGCGAUUUUGAUAUUGCUGGUGAAUACGACCCCAUGUUACCUGAUGCUGAAUGUCUGCGUAUUAUAUAUGAAAUUCUGGGGGAGCUACAGAUUGGAGAGUUUCUCAUCAAGGUUAAUGACCGAAGAAUUCUGGAUGGCAUGUUUGCAGUGUGUGGCGUUCCAGAUGAAAAAUUCAGAGCAAUUUGCUCCUCAGUAGACAAAUUAGACAAGACACCUUGGGAAGAUGUGAAGAUGGAGAUGGUUGGAGAAAAGGGUCUUGCACCAGAAACUGCUGACCUUAUUGGACAAUACGUUCAGCUUAAUGGUGGAAUAGAGUUCAUCGAUCGUCUUCAGAAUGAUCCCCUGCUGUCUCAGAACAAGGUCGCUGUGGAGGCACUCGGUGAUAUGAAAUUGCUGUUCGAGUAUUUGACACUUUUAGGAGCAACAGAUAAGAUCAACUUUGAUUUGAGUUUAGCACGUGGUUUAGAUUAUUACACUGGAAUGAUAUGUGAAGCAGUUUUGCUGCAGAAUCCAAAUGAGAUUCAGCCUCAACAAAAGGACCAGUCGGAGGAGUCUGUUGGUGUUGGUAGUGUUGCUGGAGGUGGAAGAUAUGAUGGACUAGUGGGAAUGUUUGAUCCUAAAGGUCGCAAGGUCCCCUGUGUUGGUGUCAGUAUUGGAAUUGAACGGAUAUUUUCUAUAAUGGAACAGAAAGCUGAGAAUUCUGCAGAAAAAAUCCGGACAACAGAGACCCAGGUGUUAGUAGCAUCUGCACAAAAGAAACUGCUGAACGAAAGGAUGAAGCUUGUAACAGAGCUGUGGAAUUCUGGGAUCAAGGCUGAGCUAAUAUACAGAAAGAAUCCUAAACUCCUGAACCAGUUGCAGUACUGUGAAGAGAAUGGGAUCCCACUGGUGGCCAUCAUUGGAGAGCAAGAAUUGAAGGAUGGAGUGGUGAAACUUCGGGUUGUAGCCACUAGAGAAGAGGUGGAUAUUCCCAGAGGUAGUCUAGUAGAAGAAAUCAAGAAAAGAACUAACCAUUCCUAGGACACUUGACAUGUUUUUUGCUACAUUCUCAGACCUGUCUCAUCAUUAGUUAACUUAUUGGGCUUAUUUUUGAAUUACAGGACAGAAUUAUUUGAUCCCCUUUAAGGAAACUUCCACCUUUAUACUCAAAAAAUCAGAAGAUUUCAGACAUCUGGAAUGUUUUGUGUCUGUCUGCCAAAACUAACCAGUCAUAUGAAGUCACUGUUGCAAUGAUAGCUUGUGAACCAGAGAACCGUAAGGUAUACGGAACUUGGACGGGACACCCCUAAGGAUAUUGUGCAUGAUGCCUUAUUUUUUGGCUGCCACGUAAUUUAAGAUCAUUUUAACAAAAGCAAAAUACUCAAGUAAAAAGACAGUAAAACAUCUGGGAUUUUGAUAAUGUUUCAUAUUGCUCUUAUCUGAAGUACAUGCUGUCUAGUUUACUGCAUUCUGUAAGAGACUUAAAAUGAAUGUGAAUAAAAAGUGUAUAUUGGCA